AUGUUAACAAGUCUCACAAAACGGUUUUACAGUGCUUCCGCUAGAACAAUGGCUGCCAAGAAUUUGCAAGUCGGCUGGGUCAACAAUGACGACACACUCAAGAGUCUUCUGCAACAAGCCUACGACACCAAGAACCUCUCUGGCAAGAUCUUUGUCGACUGCUCUACCGUACACCCGGAUACCACAAAAGCCGUCACCGAAGAGAUCAAGAAGCACAAGGCGACUUUUCUGGCAGCACCCAUGUUCGGCGGUCCGGCAAUCGCCGCACCUGGAAAACUGGUUGUCGCAAUCGGCGGACCUUCCUCAGCUGUGGAAACCGUGAAACCAUACUUCCAGGACGUGAUCGCCAGAAAAGUCAUCGUGUGCAAGGAAGAGUCUCAGAGUGCUUCUAUGCUGAAGAUUGCCGNNGGUGACAACAUCAUCACAGUAAACCUCAUGGAAGCAGUAUCCGAAGCCCAAGUAUUCGCCGAACAAACCGGCAUCGGCUGCGGCCCCAUGGAAGAGCUCAUCAUCGAAGGCUUUGGCCCCGUCGCUGGCGGCUACUCCGGACGCAUGACAAGCGGCAACUACGCACCAGCCCUCGACAAGCGCCCUGGCUUUGGCGUCUCGCUUUCGAUCAAAGAUGCCGAUUAUGCUGUUGCCAUUGCAAAGGACAAGGGAGUCAAGUUGCCGGCGACGGAGGUGGCGAACAAGAACAUGAAGGCUGCGAGAGAGGAGCAUGGAGAAGUGUUGGAUUGUGCGGCUAUGUAUGGUACGCUGAGGAAGGAGGCUGGGUUGAACUUUUUCAAUGAGAAAAGCAGACAGAGUGACGAGUAA